GAGAAGCCGCCACGAAAAACUGGAAGCGUCGGAUUAGUUUAUUUGGAUCUCUAUUAGGGUUUUAGUUUCUCAAUCCCUAAAUUCGGAUUUGAGGGAAGGUCAGGGCGAAUUGAAAUGGUUAUGUCGGCGAAUUUCUUCAAGUUGGACUCGCCGGAGUCUGACACGGAUGAAGAGAGGACGACGAGGAGUAAGGUUGCGGUUCAAUCUCAAGGAACUGAUGCAGAGCACAGCUCUAUGAAGAAGAAGAAGAAGAAAGCAAGUGUUGAAAAACCUGAUUCUGAAGAUGGUGGAAAGAAAUCGAAGAAGAAGAAGAAGAAGAAGGUAUCUGGUGGUGAUGAGAUAGGAGACACUGAGAAAGCACUCGUCAACACUGAUGAUGAUGAUGAUGGUAAGAGAGAUACGGGAAAGAGAAAGCGUGUUGAUGAUCUGGGAGAUGCAGCACACAAGCCUAAGACUAAGAAGAAGAAAACUAUUGCGGAUUCAGAAAACAGCUUCAGCUCGGCAAAUAGCUCAAAGAAGAAAAGUAAGGCUCAAGUUAACAACACUGACUGCACCAAAGAUGCUAAUCAGUUACAAACUGAGGAUCUUGAGGCUGACUUGAACAAGUCUAAGAAGAAAAGGAAGAAGAAGCAAACUGAUGAUCCAGAGGCUGGCUUGAACACGUCUACCAAAGAUACAAAGAAGAAAAGGAAGAAGAAGCAAACUGAAGUUCCAGAGGUUGGAGAAGACAACAAGGACUCUACUGAAGACGCAGAGAACACACAAACUGAGAAUUCAGAGGCUGACUUGAAGAAGUCUUCAAAGAAGAAGAAGCAAAUUGAUGAUCCAGAGGUUGAAGAAGACAACAAGACGCAAAUUGAGAAUUCAGAGGCUGGCUUGAAUAAGUCUACAAAAGUUCCAAAGAAGAAAAGGAAGAAGAAGCAAAUUGAAGCUCCAGAGGUUGAAGAAAACCAGAAAGACUCUUCCGAAGAUGCAGAGAAUACACAGACUGGGAAUUCAGAGGCUGAAGGAAACUACUUGAACUCUCCGGAAAUUGCAAAGAAGAAAAGUAAGAAGAAAAAGAAGAAGAAGCAAAGUGAAGAUCCAGAGGCUGAACAAAACAACAAGGGGAAAAGGAAGAAGAAGCAAAAGGGUAGUAAGAGUGAUGAAGUUCUGACCACCCCAUCACCUAAAAGCGCUAAAAAGGUCAACUUUUCCGACCAAGUUGAAGUUUUUCCUGCUGAGUCUGAAGAAAGCGAUGAAGAAGAAAAAGAAGAAAAAGUUGACCUGGUGAGGGGUAAGCGUUUUACAGAGGAAGAGGACGAGCUGAUCAAGAAAUCUGUCUUGGAAUACGUUGAUAACCAUGCUUUAGGAGACGAAGGGAUAAACAUGGUUAUGAACUGCAAGGCACACAAACAAGUCAGAGGCUGCUGGAAAGAGAUAGCUACUGCUUUGCCUUGGAGGCCAUACACUGGCGUCUACUAUCGCGCACAUACUUUGUUUGAAGAAGGAUCUAAAGGGGUAUGGACCAAAGAGGAUUUGGAGCUCGUUGUACAGCAUCAGAAGAAACGAGGCAACGAUUGGAGAACUCUCGCGGAUGCCAUGGGUAAACACAGGAACCAUGUGAAAGACGCUUGGAGGAGGAUUAGAUUGGCGUCCAAGAAGAGAGGACACUGGUCUAUGGAGGAGUACCAAAGCCUCUUUGAUCUUGUCAACAAAGACCUUAGGAUAAAAGUGUUCAAAGAGAAGCACUCGAAACAUGGGAUGCUGAGAGAUAACAUCCCUUGGAUGGCCAUAAGCGACGAGCUCGGAACAAGGGACCAUGCCGUCUGCUGCUUGAAAUGGUAUGAUCAGUUGACAUCACCGAUGGUGGCAAAGGGGAUAUGGGCUAACGUGGAUGACUAUAGGCUCCUGGACGAGCUUACGAAUCUGGAUGCUGCUUGUGUGGACGACAUGGAUUGGGAUAAUAUUUUGGAUAAUAGAGAUGGUGAUGUUUGUAGAAGUCGGUGGAACCAGAUGGUGAAUCAUAUCGGAAUACCUGGAAGCAAAACGUUUGCGGAACAAGUUGAGAUUUUGUCUCAGAGGUAUUGCCCUGACAUAGCUGAAGACAGAGAAGAUUUUGACAACAGACCUUUUGACCCUGAAGAUUAAUCAAGUCUAGUAAGAGUUUUAUUUGUUCCUUUUUGUUUUCUACUUUAAGUUCAAGUUAUGUUUGUGAGCUUGAAAAACUAUGUUAAGGUUUCUGAUCCGAUUCUCUUUGCUUCUC